AACGGCAAGAAGUAUCAACGACUGAUAAAGACAGCCAGAGACUUUGACUACGGCCAGUUUGAGCCCCAUAUAGUGCCCAGCACAAAGAAUCUACACCAGCUGUUUUGCAAACUCACUCUCAGACAUAUCAACAAGUUUCCAGAGCACGUGCUGUGCCAUGUCCAAGGGAAGCGCUAUCAGAAGGCCCUAAAAAAGUAUGAAGAGUGCCAGAAGGAAGGGGUGGAGUACGUCCCUGCCUGCCUGGCACAGAAGAAGCAGCGCUCCGGUGACCAAGUGAAUGGAAGCAAGGAGCCUUACAAAACAGAAUUCUGGGAGCCGAUGUACAGUGAUGAGGAUGGAGAGAAGACGGACGACAGCAUGAGUGACCUGUACCCAUCUGCACUCUUCCAAAAGAAAUACGCAACAGCUGCACAGACCCCAAAGGGCAGCAAUGACUUCGCAGCAGACAGUGAGGAUGGCGAGGCCAAGCAGAACGGUGACAUGAACGGAGAGGACCGGGGAAGAAUGGCUGUCAGCAGAGCAGCUGGCAACAAAAGGAGGAAGAAAGAGUCAGGCCCUAUAAAGAAGAAAUUCAAAAGUCACCAUCAAAAACCUAAGAACUUCUAG